AUGGUUCUCCCCCACCACACCCCAUACGUGACCCCCCACAUCCUCCACAAGAACUAUGCCCAAUCACACGACAACGAGCAGUUCUCGACCCUCAUCGGCCAGGAUCUCGAGUACUUCUCACAGGCCGGUUUCGACAUGGAUCGUAUCCAGAUCAAACGCAACGCCCCCGUCGCUCUUCUUUACGAAGAUGCCAUCCGCAAUGAGGGUGCUAUCAUCUCCUCUUCCGGUGCCUUGAUCAACUUUUCCGGAAAGAAGACCGGUCGCAGUCCAAAGGACAAGCGUAUCGUUUUCGAGGACACCAGCAAGGAUGACAUCUGGUGGGGUUCAGUCAAUAUCAAGAUGGACGAGCAUACUUUUGAAAUUAAUCGAGAACGUGCCAUCGAUUAUCUUAAUACACGCGACAACGUGUAUGUUUUUGACGGAUUUGCUGGGUGGGAUCCCAAGUACCGUAUCAAGGUUCGCGUCAUUUGUGCCCGAGCCUACCAUGCUUUGUUCAUGCAUAACAUGCUCAUCCGCCCGACGGAAGAGCAACUUGCAAACUUUGGAGAACCUGAUUUCAUCAUUUACAACGCCGGCCAGUUCCCGGCUAACCGUUUCACAAAAGGCAUGAGCUCCACAACCUCUGUGGAAAUCAACUUCAAACGUAUGGAAAUGGUCAUCCUCGGUACUGAAUAUGCCGGUGAAAUGAAAAAGGGUGUCUUCUCUGUUAUGCACUAUCUGCAACCAGUCAAGUUUGGUCAACUUUCUCUUCACUCUUCCGCCAAUGUUGGCAUUGAGAAAGGCGACGUCACUUUGUUCUUCGGUCUUUCUGGAACUGGAAAGACUACUCUUUCCGCUGAUCCUAAUCGUUUGCUUAUCGGUGAUGACGAACAUGUUUGGUCUGAUACUGGUGUCUUCAACAUUGAAGGUGGAUGCUACGCCAAAUGCAUCAACCUCUCUGCCGAAAAGGAACCCGACAUCUACAACGCCAUCAGAUACGGUAGCAUCCUCGAAAACGUCGUCUACAAUCCCCUUUCUCGCAUCCCCGAUUACGAUGACGUCAGCAUUACUGAAAACACCCGCUGCGCCUAUCCUAUCGAAUACAUUCCUAAUGCCCAGAUACCCUGUAUGGUUGACCGACAACCCACCAACAUCAUCAUGUUGACCUGCGAUGCAUUCGGUGUACUUCCUCCUGUUAGCCGACUCACCCCCGAGCAGGCCAGCUACCACUUCUUGGCCGGCUACACAUCGAAAACUCCAGGAACUGAAGAUGGUGUGCUUGAACCCAUUCCCACCUUCUCUACUUGCUACAGUGCUCCUUUCAUCGUCCUUCACCCCGGCCGUUAUGCUUCGAUGCUCGCCGAGCGUAUGGCGAAGCACAAAGUUGACUGCUGGCUUAUCAACACUGGCUGGACAGCUGGCAAAUUUGGCACAGGCAAGCGUUGCCCUCUUAAAUAUACCCGCCGCAUCGUCGACGCUGUGCACUCUGGUGAACUUGCUCAGGCUGAGUUUGAAAACUUUGGCACUUUCAACUUGUCAAUACCCACGUCUCUUGAGGGUGUCCCCCGAGAGCUCCUCAACCCAUCCAUCGCUUGGGCGGACAAGGAGGCCUUCCAGAAAGAGCUCAGAAAGCUUGCUGGCAUGUUCACCAAGGCCUUUGCGCUGUAUGAAAGCGAUGUCGACGAGAAGGCUAAAGAGCCUGCUGGAAAAUAUGGGACAGUCAUUGGAAUUGAUCUUGGUACAACUUAUUCAUGCGUUGGCGUUUAUAAGGGUGGACGAGUCGAAAUUAUAGCAAAUGAUCAAGGACAUAGAAUAACGCCAUCGUGGGUCAGCUUUAACGGCGACGAACGACUAAUCGGAGACAGUGCAAAGAACGCUUUCCACUCAAACCCCAAAAAUACGAUCUUUGAUGUUAAGCGGCUUAUUGGUCGAACAUGGGAUGAAAAAGAAGUUCAGCAAGACCUCAAGCACUUGCCCUUUACCGUUCAGAACAAGGACAACCGUCCCAUCAUCAAUGUCGAAUAUCAAGACAAAUUACGCCAGUUUACACCUGAAGAGAUCAGCGCCAUGAUUUUGACGAGAAUGAAAGAAACAGCGGAGGCAUAUCUUGGUCAUGGAGUCACGCACGCUGUUAUCACUGUUCCAGCGUAUUUCAACGACGCUCAGAGACAAGCGACCAAAGAUGCAGGCGAGAUCGCCGGUCUCAAGGUACUUCGCGUUCUUAACGAACCUACUGCGGCCGCUUUGGCGUACGGAUUGGACAAGAAGGGCGACGAAUCCAAAAUCAUUGUCUAUGAUCUCGGCGGUGGAACUUUUGAUGUCUCCCUCCUCUCCAUCGAAGAGGGUGUUUUCGAAGUUCUGGCAACCGCUGGAGACACUCACCUUGGAGGGGAAGACUUUGACAACCGCGUUAUCGACUACCUGGCCAAGUCGUACCAAAAGAAAACUGGGACCGACGUCACUAAAAAUCAACGCGCUAUGGGCAAAUUGAAGAAGGCCGUCGAAAACGCCAAACGAACAUUGUCUACGCAACAAAGCACCAAGAUCGAGAUUGAGAGCUUUGAGAACGGAAACGAUUUUUCGGACACUCUUACUCGAGCCAAAUUUGAAGAACUCAACAUGGAGCUUUUCAAAAAGACAAUGAAACCUGUUGAGAGGAUCCUGAAGGAUGCUGGCAUAAAGAAAAGCGACGUUGAUGAGAUUGUUCUCGUGGGCGGUUCCACCAGAAUCCCAAAAAUCCAACAACUACUUAAGGAUUACUUUGGCAAGGAGCCAUCGAAGGGUGUUAACCCUGACGAAGCCGUUGCGUAUGGGGCCGCUGUUCAAGCUGGCAUCUUGGGUGGCGUUGACGGGCCCUCCGAAGUCACACUCAUCGAUGUCAACUCCCUAACUCUUGGCAUUGAAACCACGGGAGGUGUCUUCACUCCCAUCAUCAAACGUAAUUCUGUCAUCCCCACCAAGAAAAGCCAAAUCUUUUCGACGGCCGCCGAUAACCAAAACACUGUUUCGAUCAAGGUGUACGAAGGAGAACGCGGACAGACCAAGUUCAAUCAUCUUCUUGGCGAAUUUGACCUGAACGGCAUUCCACCGGCGCCUAAAGGGGUUCCGCAAAUUGAAGUCACUUUUGAACUUGACUCCAAUUCAAUCAUGACUAUCAGAGCUUCGGACAAGGGAACUGGCAAAUCAGAAUCCCUUGUAAUCUCAAACGUUAAAGGACGCCUGUCACAAGAGGAAAUUGACCGCAUGGUCGAAGAUGGCGAAAAGUUUGCGGCAGAGGAUCAAUUACAUCGGAAACGAACAGAGGCUCUCAACAAUCUUUCUAAUUUUGUGUACGGCCUAAAGUCACAACUUUCUGAGAAGGAUGGCAUAAGUGCCAAACUUGGCUCUGCAGAUAAACAUGCUCUGCAGGAAAUCGUCCGGGAGGGCAAUGAAUGGAUAGAUGAGUACAGCAAUGAAGCUAGUCUGGAAGAGUUGGAAGAAAAAUUAGCGGACUCUCCUCGUACCCACAAUGAGGAUGAUGAUCACUACUCAGCAGAACACGAUGAACUGUAG